GGAAAGCCUACGCCUCCUACCUCAACAAAAAAGAAGUUGAUUCCAAGCGAUUUCAUCAGCAUUCAGCUACUCUUUAUCAAGAAAUAAAGAUAUGGCGAUGAUCCCAAGUUUGUUUGGCAAUCGUAGGGGCAGCAGCAUCUUGGAUCCCUUCUCUCUGGACCUUUGGGAUCCUUUCAAGGACUUCCCAUUCCCUUCUUCACUCACAACUCGUAACGCGGAAAGCUCGGCUUUUGUGAGCGCCCGGAUGGACUGGAAAGAAACCCCUGAAGCCCAUGUGUUCAAGGCUGACCUCCCUGGCCUUAAGAAAAAGGAAGUGAAAGUGGCAAGCCUACGCCUCCUACCUCAACAAAAAAGAAGUUGAUUCCAAGCAAUUUCAUCAGCAUUCAGCUACUCUUUAUCAAGAAAUAAAGAUAUGGCGAUGAUCCCAAGUUUGUUUGGCAAUCGUAGGGGCUGCAGCAUCUUGGAUCCCUUCUCUCUGGACCUUUGGGAUCCUUUCAAGGAGUUCCCAUUCCUUUCUUCACUCACAACUCGUAACGCGGAAAGCUCGGCUUUUUUGAGCGCCCGGAUGGACUGGAAAGAAACCCCUGAAGCCCAUGUGUUCAAGGCUGACCUCCCUGGCCUCAAGAAAGAGGAAGUGAAAGUGGAGAUUGAAGACGACAGGGUGCUUCAAAUCAGUGGUGAGAGGAAUGUGGAGAAGGAAGACAAGAACGACACCUGGCACAGGCUUGAACGUAGCAGUGGGAAGUUCAUGAGGAGGUUCAGGCUGCCUGAGAACGUGAAGAUGGAUCAGGUGAAAGCUUCCAUGGAUAAUGGGGUUCUUACAAUAACUGUUCCUAAGCAGGAAGUGAAGAAACCUGAUGUCAAAGCUAUCGAGAUUUCUGGUUGAAAGCUUCGAAAAUUAUUCUAUAAUGAUAUCUCGACUUGUGCUAAAAAAGAACAGAGACCUGAUUUUUAUUCAAGUGUGAUGCUGUUGGGAAGAUAUCUGUCUGUUGGAAAAAUUUUAAUGUCUAGCCUGCUAAUAAAGUAAAAAGCUUUUAAACUUGUACAA